GAAGGAAUCUCUUUCUUCCUCUCUCUAUCUCUCGCCAUUAAAACAUUAUACUAUUUAAACCAAAUCGAAGCGACCCCAUAACCAUAACACCCACUACAUAUAUAUAUUUGUUUCUUUCUUUCUUUCUUUCACUCACCCUCCUCCCAUUUCACUUUCUCCAAAUCUAAUCCCACCUUUUCUUUAAUCCAAAUCCCAUUUGUUACAUUCAGAGCCCAUCUUUCUCUUUAACUCAUUCAGAAAUUCUCUCCCACCCUGCAAGCAACGCAGCUUUCACUUUAUUUUGUUCUGCUUCCUUUCACUUUUUUUUUUCUCUCUCUCUCUCUCUCUCUGGGUUCUGGGUUUCUGUGCUUUCUUCUCAUUGAGAUCUGCUUCAAAAUGAGCUUUUCCCAAGACACUUUGAGAGGCUCUAGAGAGCCACCCAAUGUUAAUGCACCAUACACUUGCUCCUCCUCCCUAGUCUCAGAUCACUACUGUCACCACAAUGAGCUCACAGUCAAAACCAUUUUGAAGAAGAUGCUUAGGGAGCUUGGCCUGUCCUGUUUUCUUCCUCCACCUCCACAAACAAGAACCCAAAAUGAAGAUGAUGAUGACGACAGCAAUGGCAGCAAGAAGAUGAGUUUGGAGCACAACAAGGCAUGGCUGCUAGCAGAGUCAGGUGGGUGUGGAGCAGACUUGACUAGUGCUGAUCCACAAUCAGUUCACUCCUCUUUCAGGUUCAGCUUCUGCUCUCAAGUUGAGCUUGAGUCUUUGAACAUGACCUCCUCUUCUGCUGCCACUGUUCUGAUGGUCAACUUGGACAAUGGCUUGUGCGAGUCCAAAGCUAAAGAAUUGAAAUGGAGGAGAUUCGAGUCGUUAGAGAGAAGCAUAUCCCCAAUGGCCAACACUUUGGUUCGAUUCAGCUUCGCCCAAAUUCAUGCCGCCACUCGCAAUUUCUCACAAGGCAGAGUUUUGGGGAGAGGAGCUUUGAGCUGUGUGUUUAGGGGUAGAGUUGGGAUUUUGAGGACAGUUAUGGCAAUCAAGCGAUUGGACAAGGAAGAUAAGGAGUCUUCUAAGGCGUUUUGUAGAGAGUUGAUGAUUUCUAGCUCUCUUCACAACCCAAAUGUAACACCUCUUUUGGGGUUUUGCAUAGAUCCAGAGGAGGGCUUGUUUUUGGUUUACAAGUAUGUCUCUGGGGGAAGCCUAGAGCGUCACUUGCAUGAGAAAAAGAGGGGAGUGCAGGGCUCUUCAGCACUUUCUUGGUCUGUAAGGCAUAAAGUUGCAAUAGGAAUAGCAGAGGCAAUUGCAUAUCUACAUAAUGGCACCGAAAGGUGCAUUGUUCACAGAGACAUCAAACCCUCAAACAUUCUCCUUUCUUCGAAGAAAACACCCAAGUUAUGUGAUUUUGGAUUAGCCACAUGGACUUCUGCACCUUCAGUUCCUUUCCUUUGCAAAACGGUCAAAGGAACAUUUGGUUACUUAGCUCCUGAGUAUUUCCAACAUGGAAAGAUAUCAGAUAAAACUGAUGUUUAUGCUUUUGGUGUCGUCUUGCUGGAGUUGAUAACGGGAAGGAAGCCAAUUGAAGCAAGAAGGCCACAAGGAGAAGAAAACUUGGUUCUGUGGGCAAAACCUCUCUUGCAUAAAGGUAAAGGUGCUAUCGAAGAGUUGCUUGAUCCUCGGCUAAAAUGCACUUUGACAAAUUCAAAUCAAAUAGGGCGGAUGAUUGAAGCUGCAGCCGCCUGCAUAACUAGUGAAGAAUCUCGGAGGCCAAACAUUGGUGAGAUAAUUGCAAUACUUAAAGGGGAAGAAGAGCCUAUUUACUCCAAGAGAAAGAAGUCUGGUUUUCUGGGAAAUGGGUUGGUCGUUGAUUGUUAUUCUCAAUUACAGCAAACAAAUAGUGAGAUGAAGAGUCACCUAGCUUUGGCUAUGCUCGGAGUUUCUGAGUUUGAGGAUGAUGAUCAUCUUUACGGACGUUGAGACAUGAUACAAGAACUAGAUGGAACGUAAUGUCCACUGCUUUAGAUCAUUUUGUUCUCCCAACAUUAGAUGUAUUAUUGCUGGUAUGAAGUUUGAACAGUGCUAGAAACUGAUAACUGAAAGAGUGGAAGGAGUGUUGGAAAUUGUAGAUAGAAAUGCGGAAUAUGAGUGCUUGUGUGUACAUAUCUUCCUAAUUCAGCUGCUCUAACAAGAGAAGGGGUAAUAGAUUUUCAUUCAAAGUCUAAAGUUUCUCUUCAA